GUUAUUUGAAAAGUGAACUUUAAAAGUCUUUCGUCUUUUAUUUUAAAUUUUAUUUAUUUUUAGCUAUAAAAAGGUUUCUAUUUAUAGUCAAUUUAUAUGAUUUAUAGAUUUUGGAAAUAAAUAAAUUAAAAUUAAUAAAAGUAAAUCGAGUACAACUAAAAAAAAAAUAAAAUAAAAUAAAAAUGAGAGUUAAAAAUAUUGGAAUUUUAAUAUUUAAUGUUGUUGUUACUUUAAAUUUUGUAUCCAGUGCAGUUUUGCCAGAAAGUGAUUCUGUAACAACAGAUGGAAAUGAAUUUGUGUUACCUGAAGGUAUUCCAACAUGUAAACAGAAUGAUCCAGAUCUAAGUGGUUGUAUUAAAGCAGCUAUUAAUCAACAACUUCCGAUUUUACAUAAAGGAUCUAAAAUACUUAAUAUUCCACCAUUAGAUCCUCUUAAAAUACCAGAUGGUCGUUAUCAAUAUACAAGUGGUCCAGUUGGUGGUACAUUAAUUAUAAAAAAUGUUAAUGUAUAUGGAAUUUCAAAAUCUAGUGUUAAGAAAGUUGAUACACAUGUAUUAGAUAAUGGUUUAACAAGUACAAUGUUAGUAUAUUUUCCAAGACUUUAUAUUGAAGGAAAUUAUAAAGCUGAUGUUAAAAUUAAUGAAUUAAAAAUGAGACCAAAAGGAUAUUUUAAUUUGACAUUAAGUGAAGUAAGCGUUACAACAAAAACAUCUGGAGAUUUUGAAUUAAUUAAUGGAAAUAAACAUUUAGUUUUGAAAAAUUUUGAUGUUGAACCAGAAAUUGGUGAUUUAAAAGUAUUUGCAACUGGUUUAUUCCCAGAUCCAGCAAUAAAUACUGUUGUAUUAGAUUUUGCAAAUCAAUAUUGGCCAGAAUUAGUUAAAACUGUUUUACCUCAAACAAAAUCUAUAUGGGAACCACUUAUACUAGAAUCAGCAAAUAAAUUUUUAAGGUCAAUUCCAAUUGAUAAACUUUUAACCAAAGAUGAAAAUUAAUUUUAAAAAUGAAAAGUAUAUUCAUAUUUUUCAUAGAGAAAAUAAGCUAUAGAGCAAUAGAGUAAACUUUGUAUAUGAGGCAAAUGGUAAUAUAAAAAUAUCAACAUAGCAUGAUUAUUAGAAAAUCCCUAUCAGAUACAAAGUACGUUUUUUUGUUUUUAAAUUUUGAAGCACAAAUUUUCGGUAGCUUGAUCAUUAAAUCAUAUACGAUUUCCUCUCUUUAUACACUUAAAAACUAUAAGUUUUAAUGAUGCAAUACAUGAACCUGAAUUUAAUUUAAUUUAAGAUUAUAAUGAAUUGAUUUUAUUAAAUGAUUUUAACGGAAUAUUGUAUAUAUAUUAUUGUAUUUCAUCAAUUAUAAUUUUAUAUUAUGUUGUAAAUUAUUUUUGAAUAAAUAAAUUUAAUAUUAUUAAAACUGGUUCA